AUGUCUGCUCCAGUCUACCUUGGUAUCAUCGGCGUCGGCGGCGUUGGAACCGCUUUCCUGCAGCAACUCGCGCGCCUCCCCAACGCUCCCAAGCUCGUCCUCCUCGCCCGCUCCAACCAAACCCUCCUCUCGCCUACCCCGUCCUACUCCCCCGCCAUUCCCGCCGCAGAGUGGAAAACGGCCAUUGAAGCCCCCUCCCUCACCAAGUCCGGUGCCCUCACCCCAGACGAGAUCGCCGGGUACCUCGCCUCCGCCCCCGGCCGUUCAAUCCUCGUCGACAACACCAGCGACCCUGCGCUCGCGAGUUCGUACCCUGUCUUCCUCCGCCGCGGCGUCAGCGUCGUCACCCCGAACAAGAAGGGUUUCUCGUCGGACCUCGCUCUGUGGAAGGAGAUCUUCUCUGCCGCAAAUGAAGGAAAGGCAUUGGUUUACCACGAGAGUACAGUUGGCGCGGGUCUGCCCGUGAUCUCGACAUUGAAGGACCUUACCGCGACAGGCGACGAGGUUACCCGCAUUGAGGGUGUGUUCUCCGGAACUCUCUCAUUCCUGUUCAACACCUUUGCUCCCGCGUCUGGGUCCUCGAGCGCGAAGUGGAGCGAGGUCGUUAGCCAGGCUAAGGAGCUGGGCUACACGGAGCCUGAUCCUAGAGAUGACCUGAACGGCAUGGAUGUUGCCCGGAAGCUGACCAUCCUUGCCCGUAUUGCCGGAUUGGAGGUGCAAGCUCCCGACUCGUUCCCGAUUGAGUCGUUGAUCCCCAGCGAGCUUGCGAGCCUGCCUUCCUCUGCUGAGGGGAUCAAGGAGUUCAUGACGAGGCUUCCUGAGUUUGAUGGCCAGUUGGCGGCCAUCAAGGAGGGUGCCGAGAAGGCUGGCAAGGUUGUGCGGUAUGUUGGGAGCAUUGAUGUCGGGAAGAAGGAGGUCCGCGUUGGACUUCAGCAGUUCGAUAAGGAUAGUGCCAUUGCCGGCCUCAAGGGUAGCGACAACAUUAUCUCCUUCUACACCCGCCGGUACGGCAGCAACCCGCUCAUCGUACAGGGUGCCGGUGCUGGUGGCGAUGUGACUGCUAUGGGUGUGACUGCUGAUCUGAUUAAGGUGAUUCAGCGUCUGUAG